UAAUAUUGAUUUAAUACCAAAUUUGUGACUUAAUUCUCGUAGUUCGCUUGAUUAGCUUUCCAUCAAUACCCUCCUUUUGUGGAUUGGACAAAUAAUGAGAAAGUUACGACAAUUUAAAGACUAAUCUUUGUUUCUGGUCACAGAAAUGUCACUGUUUUGAUGUUUAUUCAGGAAUAAAAUUAUAUCCCACUUUUGAUCACUUAAUGUGCCAUAACUUUCUUAUUCUUUGAACUAUCUUAAUGAUCUUUAUACCGUUGGAAUGAUCUCUUUCAUCCCUUUGCAGUGAUAUAAAUAUCAGAGCAAUCCACCUAAUUUGAACAUUUUUGUCACAUACCUGGUUCUUGUGUGAUUACUAAAGUGACUUCACUAUUUUCACUGGAUAAGAAACAUGAGCAAGGCUCUAGUUGGACUUUGUGUUAAGGAAACCCACUUUCAGGCAAAGCAGACAUGUAAGAAGGUUGGGGUGAUGUCACUUAUGAAGAGCCAAUUGUGAUGCUUCGGCCCAAUCUGAAUUCUUCCCUUCCCCUUCAGUUAUCCCUCCAAACAGAGAGUUAUGGAAAAAAUAGUGUCUCAUAUUUUGGGACGUCACUUUUAUUCGAUGAUGUCACCAAUAAUCUCUGGCAUGCCAGCUUUAGAGCAGAGCUUCCAGUGUUUGAAUAUAUACAUAACAAUAUUGGUUUCAUAACUUUGAAAAGGUCACGCUACAAAAAAAUCAUGACUUACAUUUAAAUGUAAACUUCUGUGGUUCAGAGAGCACCCACGUGAAGAAAGCUUCUCAGAGCGACGCGGUUUACCCUCACAAUGCAGGACUUUUUAUCCCUCCGCUUGGAGGGUCGGAUUUAAAAAGUACAUUUCCCGGACCCACUUGGACUUAAACUCACCCUUCAAAUAAGGAGAAGGGAAGAAUUCGGACUGGGCCUUUAUGUCCAAUUUAGAGAAUUUUUGCUUGUCUCUUUAAACCCUCAGUUUAGGAAACAGAUUGAUUUUCUUUUGGUUUUUAUUUUCUCAAACUGAAGAUUGAGGUGUUGCUGUCAUAUGAUGGUUGUGCAAGAGUUUAAGAAUAGCUUCUCUGGGUGUUUGUAGUGCUUGUUGUUGAUCUGCCAUUCAUAGUGAAAAACAUACGGUCAUAACACGGUUGGGUAACUUCUGAUGAGGACAUCAGGGAUACCCAAAAACAUGAUCUUCAUCCCAGUGUCUAAAUAUACAUAUUGAAUGUUUUUACUGUAUUAGAAGGGCAUUUUCUCUUCUAAACUUGGUUCUUUGCAGGAGAAAAUAUUCUUAAAAAUGUAUGGCUCUUGAUAUGGUCACACAUUUUUACAAUAUAUUGGGGUCCUGUUACUUUUGUUAAAUGCCCUUUAUUUUUGAGAUAAACACUUGAAUUUUAAAACCUUAGAAUAAAUCCAUUUCCAUGCUAACCACACAAAGAGAUUAACAAGCCUAAGAAAUUGUUGCAUUUGAAACACAUUGUUGUGGAAAAAGGAAAGUGUUGACAUGCUGUUUAUCAGGAGACCUGAACAGGAUGUUUGCUGUGCUCCUCUCAUCCAGUCACAUGCACCUUGUUUAUCUCGGAUCAGUCCACUGUCUCUGUCUCCUGUCAGGGGGCGCAAUGCCCACUGGGCCAUGUGACACAUGUUGCUGUGGCGCAGUUCUGUGAAGAGAUUGCAGGCUUUCCAGCAGCAGGCAGGAAUGUAUGCUGUCAGAAUGGAAAAGAUCAGGUGUCACCAGUUGCAAGGCCCCCUAUAAAAGACUGAGCCUUAAGCUCUUGACCAGAAUAGAUAGUAGCCUUGCAGCUGACUGUUUGGGACGAGGUCAGCCAGUUCUUUAGCCAUUCUGGUCCUUUUACCGAGGCUUCUUGACUUUGCUGGAAGUGUGGAGACUUGCUUCUUCUGGUUGAGAACAGAGACUCAUCAUGGAUGUUCAGAGGACAGGAUCUAUUGUUCGACCCCCCAGCCCCAUGGAUAGCCUUGAGAAGCAAUUGAGCUGCCCCAUCUGCCUGGACAUGUUCACCAAGCCGGUGGUGAUCCUGCCAUGCCAGCACAAUCUGUGCCGUAGCUGUGCCAGUGAUCUCUAUGACUCGCGCAACCCGUACCGCUUCUCGGGCGGCGUCUUCCGCUGCCCUACUUGCCGCUUUGAAGUAGUGCUCGACCGGCAUGGCGUUCAUGGCCUUCAGCGCAACUUGCUGGUGGAAAACAUCAUCGACAUCUAUAAGCAGCAGCAAGAAGGUCGAAACACCGGAGGCACAGAGACCAGCCUGAAGACCAAAGAAUCCAAAGAGCCCAUGUGCCAGGAGCACGAUGAUGAGAGGAUCAACAUCUACUGUGUGACCUGCCAGGUCCCCACCUGCUCCAUGUGCAAAGUGUUUGGCCAGCACAAAGAUUGUGAGGUGGCGCCUCUAGAAACCGUGUACCAGACCCAAAAAGGAGAACUGAGCAAUGCUAUCGAUACCCUUGUGGCCAGUAAUGCUCGCUUGCAGGCGUUGCUGAACCAGAUGGACGAUGCCUGCCGUGCCGUCCAGGACAACGCUCAGAGUGCCAAACAAGGUCUCGCUGAACGCUUUGACCUCUUAUACGCCGUACUGGAAGAGCGCAAGGCCAUGCUGCUGGAGCAGAUUGGGAAGGAGCAGGAUGAGAAGGUGGCAGCUCUGCGAGCGCUGGCUCAGCGAUAUGGAGAACGACUGCAGGCGAGCACCGAGCUGACAGAUACAGCUGUCAGGGCACUGGAACAGAAUGGAGCGGCCGAGUUCCUGCUACUUUCCAAGGGCCUCAUCACACAGACCAAAGAUGCAGCCAAGUCCUCUCUGGGGGAGGAGCGGCCAGAGCCAGGCUUUGAGAAGAUGGACCACUUCACUUUGUCCACAGAGCAUGUGGAGACUCUCCUAGCUAAAAUGGACUUUGGUGUUGCAGAUGAUGAUGAUUUUGAGGAUGCAGAGGAUGAAGAGGAGGAAGAGUAACUGAAAAUACUUUAAAGUAACUUUGUAAAUGUCUUUGAAGGCAUCUUUGUUUUUGAUAUGGUAGGACUCUGUUAUUGAAUGAAAUGUAAGGUUGAAUAUGUAAGAGUGGGCUGCAAUGACAUGCCCUUAUAUGUGCAAUAUUGUUUUAAAAGGAGUCAGAAUACCCCCCCCUCUUCUAGAUAGAACCUCAUCUUUGCCCUCCUCCUUCUCAAAAAGGAAAAAGGAUGCAUUUUUUUGACAUGUCCUUUGUGAUAGUAUGUUCCUUUUUUCUUGUCUUUUUUUAUACUUUUGUAUUAGAAAGUCAUCUAAAUUGAAAUCAGAUGUAAAGAGUGAUUUAUGUUUUGAAAAAUAGGUCGUUUUUGAAAUUCUUGUCCUCAACUGAAACCUGGAAUAAAGUUGCAUGAAGCUGAGCUCCUG